GGAGUGACUCCUGCGGGUGAUCUUGCACUGUGCAGUGCUGAGUUUGUGCUCGGAGGUGCUGCGGAGCGGAGACGGGGUGUUAAAGUGUGUGUUUCUCGGAAUGAGGGGGGUCUGUGUGCUGCAGCAGACCGGGCUGUCUGCUGAGUGAUGUGGGCGGUCUGAGGGUCUCCCUGACCCCGCGCUCAAGCUGCUUCUCAGAAAUGGAUGACACCGUGGAGAGUUUGGACACUCGGGAGCUGGACAUCGGAGAGGAAGUGGACUGUGAAUCCGGAGAAAUUAACCAUGCAGGCGAGUCCCACAUCCCAUUCUCUGCGGUGUACAGCACGGUGGGCUUUAAAGAGACAGAUGCUCAAGUUUUCCUCAGAUCCACUCCCAUCACCGCCAAAAUACUGGAGGUGGAGCGCUUCAUCAGAGCGAAGGACCGCUUCAACACCUCCAACCAGAGGAGCGUGUCCAGGGCCAUGCCGGUGGUGUUCAGGAUCGAGAUGAGGCACGGGAAUUUCACCUGGGUGGUGAAGAGGAAGGAGAAGCACUUUGUGGAGUUGCACAGAGAACUGCUGCGCUACAAAACCUUCAUGAGGAUCCCGCUACCCUCACGCAGUCACACAGUUCGGAGGAAGAGUGUAAAUCAGAGUGAGGUGAGGCAGAUGCCAAGUUUGCCACGGGGGGCGAGAGACGAGUUAGCCCGAGAGGAGCAAGUGUCCAGCAGGAGGAAACAGCUGGAGGACUAUCUGAACAAGCUGCUGAGGAUGGGGACGUACCGAAAGUACCAUGCGACCAUGGAGUUUAUUGACGUGAGCCAGAUGUCUUUCAUCCAUGAUUUGGGUCCAAAAGGCUUGGAGGGUAUGAUAUAUAAAAGGUCAGGAGGUCACCGGAUCCCGGGCAUGAACUGCUGUGGACACAGUCAGAUCUGCUACCGCUGGUCUAAGAGGUGGUUGGUGCUGAAAGAUUCUUUCCUGAUGUACCUGAAACCGGACACAGGAGCCAUUUCGUUCGUGCUUCUGGUGGACAAAGAGUUCAACAUCAAAAUGGACUCCAAGCACACAGAGACAAAGCACGGAGUGAGGAUAGACAGUCUGUCCAGGACGUUGGUGCUGAAGUGUAACAGUUACAGACAUGCCCGCUGGUGGGGGCAGGCCAUCGAGGAGUUCGUCCGGAAACAUGGGAAGGCUUUCCUCAGAACACAUCGCUUUGACUCCUUCGCCAAAGAACAGGAAAAUAUACCUGCCAAAUGGUAUGUGAAUGGUAAAACCUACAUGGAGGAUGUAGCAAACGCUCUGGAGGCAGCUAAAGAGGAAAUCUUCAUCACAGACUGGUGGUUGAGUCCAGAGAUCUUCCUGAAGAGGCCGGUGGUCGAGGGAAACCGCUGGAGACUCGACUGCAUCCUCAAACGCAAAGCACAACAAGGUGUGCGCAUCUUUGUAAUGCUGUAUAAAGAGGUGGAGCUGGCUCUGGGCAUCAACAGUGAAUACAGCAAGAGGACGCUGCUGCACCUUCACCCCAACAUCAAGGUGAUGAGGCACCCUGACCAUGUCUCCUCUUCAGUCUACCUUUGGGCUCACCAUGAGAAGAUUGUGGUGAUCGACCAGUCUGUGGCAUUUGUUGGUGGGAUUGACCUGGCGUACGGUCGCUGGGACGACCGUGAGCACCGGCUGACGGACGUGGGGAGUGUGACGCGCUCCGCUCAGAACAUGGACCAGACGGACGGUUCUGUGGUUUCCGUGGUUAAAGGAAUUUCCUCCCUUAACGGCUCCUGCUCCGCGGAGCUGGUCGAUCUGCCCAAACUGAAGGGAGUCGGACGGACGCGGAAGUCUCGGUUCAGCCUUUACCGCCACCUGCACCGGCACGGCCUGCACCACGCCGACAGCGUCAGCAGCCUCGAGAGCAGGGGCGGAUCAGUGCGCAGUCUGCAGACGGGUGUCGGGGAGCUGAUGGGGAACACGCGCUUCUGGCAUGGGAAGGAUUACUGCAACUUCGUCUACAAGGACUGGGUCCAGCUGGAGAAACCGUUCGAUGAUUUCAUUGACAGAUACACAACUCCCAGAAUGCCCUGGCACGACAUCGCCUCAGUAGUUCAUGGGAAGGCUGCGAGAGACGUGGCCAGACACUUCAUCCAGCGCUGGAACUUCACCAAGAUCAUGAAGCCGAAGUACAGAUCUCUGUCAUAUCCUUACUUACUGCCCAAAUCUCACAGCACAGCCAACGAACUCACUUACCAAGUGCCAGACUGCGUGCAGACCAGAGUCCAGGUGUUACGGUCUGCAGCAGAUUGGUCAGCAGGUAUAAAAUACCAUGAAGAGUCUAUUCACAACGCCUACAUCCAGGUCAUCGCCAAGAGCAAGCAUUUCAUCUACAUUGAGAACCAGUUUUUCAUCAGCUGCGCCGACAACAAGCAUGUCUUCAACAAAGUCGGAGACGCCAUUAUUGAGAGAAUCAUCAGAGCUCACAAAGAGAAUAAGAAGUUCCGUGUGUAUGUUGUGACCCCCCUGCUGCCCGGGUUUGAGGGGGAUAUCUCCACCGGGGGGGGCAAUGCUCUGCAGGCCGUCAUGCACUUCAACUACAGGACCAUGAACAGAGGAGACAAGUCCAUCAUCUCCCAGUUAAAGAAAGAGAUGGGCGAUCAGUGGAUGAACUACAUCUCCUUCUGUGGGUUACGGACUCACGCUGAGUUAGAGGGCCGUUUGGUUACAGAGCUGAUUUACGUCCACAGCAAGCUGCUCAUCGCUGAUGACAACACGGUCAUCAUCGGUUCAGCCAACAUUAAUGACCGCAGCAUGCUGGGAAAGAGGGACAGCGAAGUGGCCGUGAUCGUGGCGGACACGCAGAUGGUUCCCUCAGUGAUGGACGGCCAGAAGUACCAGGCAGGAAAAUUUGCCCUGCAGCUCCGUCUGGAGUGCUUUAAAACCAUCCUCGGUGCCUUUACGGACCCCAGCAUAGAUGUGAGCGACCCCAUCAGUGACUGUUUCUAUAAGGAGGUUUGGAUGACCACUGCAGGACGCAACGCCACCAUCUACGAGAAGGUGUUCCGCUGCCUGCCCUCCAGCCUGGUGAGGAACCUUCAGGAGCUGCUGAGCUUCCAGACUAAAGCCGGUCUGGAUAAGGAGGAUCCUGUGAAAGCUCAGGAAAGCCUGAAGAAGAUCAGAGGCUUCCUGGUUCAGUUCCCGCUGGACUUCCUGAGCGAGCAGAACCUGCUGCCCUCCGUCGGCACCAAGGAGGCCAUGGUCCCCACCGAGAUCUGGACCUGAUUGAAACUGUGACUGUAAACACAGAGUCCGUAUGAGGCGAAACGGCGCCCCCUGCUGGACGAGCUGUGGAGAAACUGCAUGAUGAACUGAAAUGAAGCGAAUCGUAUGAAGGCGGGCAGCUCACUGUGAAGUGCCUUAGGAGGGUGUAAACACCUCCGUAUCAGUUCCUACCUGUGACUACAUCAUAUUUGUCUUGUCAGUAGCAACAAAUGCAGAAUAUAGAAUAUAAAAAUGACGUUUUUACAAUAAACCGUAACAGUAAAACAGCAAAAAAAAUGAUUUUAGCAAAUGGAAACUCAGAAAGAGGCCAGCAUGUCUAAUAUUUAGUGUACACUAAGCUUUUACAGGACUGUUCAGCUUAUUUCUACACAUUUUUCAUUAUUUUAUGUUGUGAUCCAAGAAAAUGAUCUUACAGCUUGGGCCACUUUUAACAUGCGUUGUUAAAAAAGACACACGCAGUCAGAUUUUACCGGAUAUUACUGCUUAAAAUAAGCCAAAAUGUCUAGAAAUGGUUUGAAUUAUCUCUAAAUAUUAGCCAUGUCCCUACAGUCGAGGUUUUCUCCUGAUAAUGUGCCUUUCCUUUCACUACUACUUCCACUAUUCACUCAAACAAAGCAGCUCUGUGAGUGAAGACCGACUCAUAGCGACCCUAUGAAGACAGGGAGGGGAAGCAGGUGGUCAGUCGGUCUUGGUUGCCCCAAGAGAGCCGGUGUUUUGGUCCAUCUGACCUGAUUUCAUUCAGAUCUGCGAGGACAGAGGAGCUCAGGAUCUGUGUGGGACAGUAGUUCAGCUAAACCCCCCCCCCAUGUCCCCCACUCAGCUGUGAUUCUGUCGAUCAGCUGAGACGUGCUCAGUGUCUGAGGUUUGACUCUUGGAGCUGUGAGGCUGAUUUCUCACCAUUUAGCUGGUGCUGACGGCUGCUGUGAGCUGCUCACUGCCUCUAAUAGACUGGACUAUGUGGUUUCUGACUCUGUGACUCACUGUGGUCUAUAAACAUGCUCUGAAGUACAUUAGCAUGGCUAAAAACAGUAGCAACCACCUGGAAGACUGCCGGUCCAUGAGUUGGCAGGACAAUAGGACCAUUUGAUUUAUGCAAAUUUACUGCAUUACAUGGGGGCUGUAUUGCAGUUAGCACUGCGCUAAUUGGGGGCUGUAUUGCAGUUAGCACUACGCUAAUUGGGGGCUGUAUUGCAGUUAGCACUACGCUAAUUGGGGGUUGUAUUGCAGUUAGCACCGUGCUAUUUGGGGGCUGAUUGGCUAUGCUUCCAUUACUGAUUGUUACUUAUUAUUGCUAGUAAAAGAAGCGUAUAGCCCUUGCCUCAAAAUAUAGCAUUAGUUAGCUUUGCUGAUAAGCAGACAAUAAGAAAGCUAGUGAAUUAUGAAUGUUAGGAAUUUUGCAUCAAAUUUUUUUACUAAUUUUUUUUAAAUGAACAGACAACAUUCAGUCUUCCAGGUGGCUGCUAUUGUUUUGGCUAAGCUAAUGUGCUUUAGUCCAUGUUUGUAGAACAGAGAGUCACAGAGUCAGAAACCACUGAUUACUGCUACAGCACCAGUUAGCACGAUGCUAAUCACUGGGCAAUAAGAUUCCAUCUCUUGUUAGCUUCAUUAGUCUCGUAGCUCCAGGGCUAAAACCAGACGCUGAGCGUGUCUCGGCUGUUGGGCUACAUUUGAGCUCAGACGUGGGGAAACCGUGUGAAUCCGGUUUUAAGGCUUUAAACGACGGACUGACGAUUUUAAACGAUGGACUGUUUACGCCAGUCAGCAGCUCUUCAGGCCUGAUAACGGCGUAUGGCAAGGUCUCCUUCUUUCUCUGGAGUUUUCCGUCUCUGAACGCGGGGAGGCUCGGCCGAGUGCUGUUUUCUCUCCUCCUGCGCUCAGAUGUCGCUGAAAGCCGUUUCUGCUGCAGCUUCUCUGAACAGACACUGUUCAAAUCUUUAAUAGCAGUUUUUUUGCACAGUCUUCUUAUCUUUUCUGUUCAUUUACAGUCUGUACAGAGCAGGAAGUAGACGACCGAGGGAAAAUGAAUGGGGAAUAAAUCUGAAAUGUGAAUAAAUCCUUGAUUAAACCUGUUAUUAUAUAAUAA